UUUUUAUUCCCAACAGUGCAAGUGUGGGGGACAUCAAGUGAUCUCAGCGUGGAACAAAGUGCGGUCGUUAGUGUUGGCUGGGUGGCCAUAGGAGCGUGUCGAUCGCUGUUGUUGGCUUAUGUUAUACUUAGAGACGUAUUGUUCUACAAGGAGAACUGCAACAGCAGUCUGUGUGAGGAGAAGGAGCAUUGUCUUUGAUUAGGAUGGUAAGCGAGAAGACGCGGAUUUAUCGGAGUUAUUUGUGUGUUCAUUGUCAGCCCAGCGACAGUGCUGCAAGAGUUAGCUCCGUGGACGUGGACUCAUUUUACGUAGGAAAUGUCGACGAACGGGAAAAGCGUCACCAUCGAUCCGAGCAAGCCUCGCGAUGCGAAUAUUCGAGAUAGGAUGCAGAUUCUGGCGAAUCAGAUACAGGUCCAAGGCAGCCAAUUGCAGGGAUGUACGUCGCCAAUGCAGCUGCAAUCGCCUCAUUCACCUAGCGCGGCACGGCGGCCACGAACGUCACUCAAUAUGCAGUUUGCGCUCGGGCCGUCUUCGCCUCAGCAAUUGGGUAUGACGCCGCCAGCAAAGCCCCGAAAGAAGACCGCCAGCGGUCACCUGAUCCACACACAUAGGAGGGCAGUUAGUGGUGGCUCGCUGAACAUGUUAGGAAUAACGCCUGGGCUGACUGGACUGAGCAGCAGCGAUGCAAGUCCCGAUGGCAGCAGCAUCAGUGGAUCAUCCAGCAGUCUGGACCAGCAGAUCGAUGAGCAGAAGCGGUACACGCGCUACCUGUCGAUUAACGGCCAUCGGUACCGAGCCAACGUCGAGGAUAUGGAUAAACUCGGGCAGAUCGGCCACGGUGCCACGGGUAGCGUGUUGAAAAUGCUGCACCGGCCAUCCAAGAAGCUGAUGGCCUGCAAGGUCAUGAUGCGUAGCGCCAAUGAAGACGAGCAGAAGCGAGUUCUGAUGGAUCUGUUUGUCAUGAUCAACCACAACUGCCCGUACAUCGUCGAAUCGUACGGUUCCAUCAUCAGCCAACAGGACGUCUACAUCUGCAUGGAGCUGAUGAGCACAUGCCUGGGGAAUCUGAUGAAGAAGUAUCGCCGACCAGUUCCAGAGCCUAUAGUCGGCAGGGUGGCGGUAUGCGUCGUACAUGCCCUGGACUAUCUCAAGGAGACGCACGAGUUCAUUCACCGGGAUAUCAAGCCGUCCAACAUCCUGCUGGACGCCGAGUCGGGCCGCUUCAAGAUCUGCGACUUUGGCAUCAGCGGCCGGCUGGUGAACUCCAAGGCGCGCACUCGCGGUGCCGGCUGUGCCGCUUACAUGGCGCCGGAGCGUUUCAUGCCAGAUACCGCAUCCCAGUAUGAUAUCCGUGCUGACGUUUGGAGCAUGGGCAUCACGCUGGUUGAGCUCGCUUUAGGCGAAUACCCGUACCGUGGCGUCCAGAAUGAGUUUGAGGUGCUGAGCCGAAUCGUAGAUGACGAACCACCCAAGCUUCCUCGUGACCAAGGCUUCUCGUUGGACUUUCAGUCGUUCAUCAGCCAGUGUUUGAUGAAGGAGCGCGAGAACAGGCCAAAAUUCCGUGAGUUGAAGCAUCAUGCGUUCAUUAAGCGCUAUGAAAGCACCCCCGUUGACGUGCGUGGUUGGUACCAAGGCCUCAGUGGAGCAGCGCCUUCUUGAUUGUUUCCUGCAAGUUUGCAGUCGUCGAAUUCUCAACAUGCCCGAGGAUGUGCAACUCAUGUUGUGUCUGUCUUGCACCAAUCAGUGUUGCUCCUUGACAGGGUAUCUGUUGGAAUUCUCUUGAGUCUCCUGCACUUGAUCCACCUCCACCAGUAUUGUCAUCUUUUGAGUUUAACCUAAAUAUCGUUCAAUUGAGCAGGUUGUUUUCAAUUUUUUUCGUUCACCAAAUUUUAGCAACAUGAUAUUCGUGUCUAGGUAUAGGUUUCUCUGCACUCACUUUUUCUGGAGAUGGGGGGCUUGUGUGUCUGGAUGGAAAUUAGUCACGUCCUGUUCAACUAUUCACAAAUAGCCUGAAGACUAUAACUAGCCUGAGCUUAGAGUAACGUCUUGUUUAUUUCGGUUGACCCAUGAGCAGAAAAAAGGGUAGCGUAUAUUCUGAAUUUGAAGCAAACACUUCACUCGCUGUACAUGCAUAUGUACAUUGGCCAUUUGUAGAUCUCUGACUCUAUUUCUCUCUCUCUUUCUCUCACUUCCUCUCUCUCUCUCUCACUUCCUCUCUCUUUCUCACACACUUUUUCUUUCACUCUCUCUCUCUCUCUCUCUCUCUCUCUCUCUCUCUCUCUCUCUCUCUGUCUCUGAUCUCGGUCACCACGCUGUUCAUUACAUUGAAUUGAUUUCAAUGGAGGUCACAGUUUUGUCGUCUUUUGCGUACUUAUUGUUUUUUUUUGUAAAUGCUUUUCAGUAGACAUACUACAUUACUUAGUCUUUAGCAUAGCGCCCAGAACACAUUUUUACUUUCUAGCAGACUUUAGUAUGAUGGCCCUGUUUUCUCGAGAACACUUAGUCUUUGUACAUAGUAAACUAUGCUGACCCGGAGUUGGCAUGGUUUCACUUUGUGAUAACUAUGUUACUCAACAUUGAUGUACGCACUACCCAGGUGUGCUA